GUAAAUAGUCCCAAAAAACGGGCAAAACGUGAAAUAUUAGACGAAAAUUCACGAGAAAGUAACCGGUAACGGUAAAGAAUCGGAACAAAAACCCUCAGAAGCGUCACUUUUAGUUGACGUUUUAAAUAAACAAGCCACAAUCAUGAUGAAAACUAGGAGCUCAAAAGCUAAAUAUCAUGAGGAACGCGGAGAGGCAGCGGCAAUACAGAAACUGGCAACCUCUGUUGCUAAAAUGGAAAUUGAUACUUAUCAAAGUGAGGGUGGUAUUGAACAAUAUUACCACACAAAAAUCCAAGAUCUACAGAUGACUGUAAAUGAAAAAGCAAAAAAUGUUCGCCGACUCCAAGCUCAAAGAAAUGAGCUUAAUUCUAAAGUUCGCAUGUUACGCGAAGAACUCCAGCUUCUGCAGGAACAAGGUUCUUACGUUGGUGAAGUAGUCAAGCCAAUUGAUAAAAAGAAAGUCCUUGUCAAGGUUCACCCUGAAGGAAAAUUUGUUGUCGAUAUUGACAAAAAUAUUAAGAUCGAAGAUGUGACGCCAAACUGUCGCGUCGCCUUACGAAGUGAUAGCUACGUGCUUCACAAAAUUUUGCCAAACAAAGUUGAUCCGCUUGUUACUUCAUGGAUGGUAGAGAAAGUUCCUGAUUCGACUUAUGAGAUGGUCGGAGGCCUCGAUAAGCAGAUCAAAGAAAUUAAAGAAGUCAUUGAGCUGCCUGUCAAGCAUCCUGAGCUGUUUGAAGCUCUUGGAAUUGCACAGCCAAAAGGGGUUCUUCUUUACGGCCCACCUGGAACUGGAAAAACAUUAUUGGCAAGAGCAGUCGCUCAUCACACCGAUUGCACCUUCAUUCGUGUUUCUGGAUCGGAAUUGGUUCAAAAGUUCAUAGGUGAGGGGUCAAGAAUGGUGCUGGAAUUAUUUGUUAUGGCUCGUGAGCAUGCUCCCUCGAUUAUAUUCAUGGAUGAAAUUGAUUCUAUUGGUUCUUCGAGAUUGGAAAGUGGUUCUGGAGGAGGGGAUUCUGAAGUACAGCGAACUAUGCUGGAACUUCUAAAUCAACUUGACGGCUUCGAAGCUCAUCAGAACAUCAAAGUUAUCAUGGCAACGAAUCGGAUUGAUAUUUUGGAUAACGCUCUUCUUCGACCGGGACGUAUUGACCGUAAAAUUGAAUUCCCACCUCCAAAUGAGGAUGCUCGUUUGGAUAUUCUCAAAAUCCACUCGAGAAAAAUGAAUCUUACUAGAGGAAUCAAUUUGCAUAAAAUUGCGGAACAAAUGCCAGGAGCAUCCGGUGCAGAGGUGAAGGGAGUCUGUACUGAAGCUGGAAUGUACGCUCUAAGAGAACGAAGAGUACACGUCACACAAGAAGAUUUUGAAAUGGCUGUAGCGAAAAUUAUGCUAAAGGACACUGAGAGGAACAUGUCAAUCAAAAAACUAUGGAAGUAAACAUUACGCUGCUUAUAGUAGCAAUAGGACAUUUCUCAGACUAUUUUGUUCCUGUUUAUCUUAAAAUUUGAUAUCACAAAACAUUAGAAUUUGUGCAAAUAUUAAUGGCCAGAAGUUUGGUAUAAUUUAUUGACUUUUGAGGGUAAAACGAUAUAGACCUAUUUGAACAAUUGCUUAGAUUAGAACAUCUUGGAUUGCAUUUUAGAACAAUUAUGAUCUAUAAGUGGAAAUCCAUGACACUUGUACUCCAUAGGAAAAUCCGAGGCAUAUUUUGUCAGAUUUAUACUUUCAAAAAUGACAUGUUAAAUCCGGGAAAUUAGAUAAUAAACAAAAAUUUGGAAUCGUUAAUAAUCGCAAAAUACCACAUAACAAUUACUAUUAGGCAGUAUUCUGUUUCUAUGGGUUCUGAUUAAUUAUAGCCUUGAUUAGCUCUGCAGUGUAGGCUACACAUCAUUUCAAAUGCUCCUAAUUGUUUUGUACAUGUCAUCUAUGUGGUAUUGAAAUAGUGUAAAUGCAAGUGUUCAUUUAUAUAAAGUUUUACAAUUCCAAUAACGAUUCAAUAAUACUACAAUACACUGAUAGUUCAAUAACUCAGACAGGCUGAUUUCCAAAGAUAAUUUUCAGCAUGGAUUAGUGAGCACAUUUGUUAUAUUCAUAUAUUUUAAAUAGGGAUAUCAAAAAUGAAGUUUUGAAAGCAUUCAAAAUCCGUUCGCUAUUCAAACAGAGAACAUUAUUCUCUCGAAUGAUUUAGAUUAUGCUUUUGAAAUUUGAUUGUCGAAACCGUUUAUGAAUUAGUGCUAUACAAUACCAUAAAUCCCUGCCUUAUUCAGAAUUCGUUUUGAGAUUUUUUGAAGUGUAAAAGUCGAACUGGUUACGGAUCUAGAUUUGAAAUUAUUGGUAUUCAUAUCGUAAAUAAUUUUAGUGCAUAUGAAAUAUGAUGAUGAAGUAACAGUAAGUUCUGAUAACCUAUGAACAAUGUCCACCCUGUUUUUCAUGCAUUAAAAAAAUGAACCCAUAUUGAGUGUGUUUACAUUUUCGGUAAUGAAUAUCCAACAAUAACUUCAUUUCCAAAUAAUUUUUGAUAUCCAUGAUCUCACUAUGACAAUUUUCAAGCCUGAGACUACAGAAUGAGCAUCAUUGUAUAUAGGGAAAUACUUGAAUUGUGUUAGUUAUUGCACCACAUUGUUUUGAGUCUAUUUGUUAAGCUGGCUGGCUAUGACUUUCCCAAUUUGUUCAAAAUAAUAAAAUCUUUCUUUCAAUAA